UCUGGUUAUAAAUAGAUAAUCAUCGACCGGUGAAAUACAUAAAAGUUUAAUAACAAUAGUAGAAGAAAGAAAAAAAAGAAUGAUGAAACUCAUUGUUGUCCUUACUGUAUUCAGUUUGUUGUUCGCUACUCAGUUUUCCAAUGCCGAUGAAAUAGAGAGUACAUCUGAAGCCCCGGCUAUACAUAUGAAAGGAGGACCAGGUUCACUUACACCAGAUGAAUGUCCGAAAGCAUGCGAUUUCCGAUGCUCAGCAACAUCUCACCAGAAGCAAUGCCUAUUCUUUUGUAACUAUUGUUGUAAUAAGUGUUUGUGUGUGCCAUCGGGAACUUAUGGACAUAAAGAAGAAUGUCCUUGUUAUAAUAACUUGAAAACCAAGGACGGUGGACCAAAAUGUCCAUAAUAUCACAAAUAAAACUGGAAAAAUGUUAAAUGCUUUUUCUUUAAAAUAUCUAUGUAUUUGACCAUUUUUGUAAUAUCAAAAAAAAUAUGAAGUCUUAA